AUGACCAUUGAAAAAGCAGUGUCUUGGAAUAAUGUCUACGAAACUUGGAGACACCAUUUUUAUAAUUUAGGUGAUGAGGAAGCGAAAAACGGCUUCAAUGCUUUUUUUGAUCCAAAAAACUUCUUUGCACCUCAUUCACCUACUAUUGGUAUGCCAUUAGCUUUAGGUAUAUCGCAGGUCGAUGGUCGUUAUGAAGUAGUCAUGGGCCUACACAUUUGCGAACAAUUAAUCGAAUUCCUUCGCGAAAAACUUCCUUGUACCCCUUUACCCACCUUAUCCAACCUCAGUCCUGCAAAAUACGAAAUUAUCGAACGAUUCGAAGCCACGCAUAACGAAAUUCUGCAACGCACACAUCAAAAGGCCAAAAAAAGAAACAAGGCCCGCACCAAGCUUAUGGACGCUAAAAAACUCUCUGCCUUGGCUCGUACCCUUGUGCACGGCGGGAAAUACGUGCUUGUCAGUAUCGAUAUUGAGGCCUAUGAGAUGGAUCAUAGCAUCCUACUGGAAAUCGGCUGGAGUAUGUAUGAUGCUGCCUCUGAUCGUUUCCUAGAUCAGCAUUAUGCCAUGGAUACCUAUAAACAUUUAACCAAUGGAAAAUUUGUCAGUGAUCAACGUAUGCGUUUUAACUUUGGCACCACUGUUUGGUGUUCGUUGAAACAAGCGCUGAAAGAAUUAAGAAAGGAUCUGGAUUGGGCUGUGGCGAGAGACGGCGGAUUUGUCCUCGUUGGACAUGGUUUAGAUAGCGAUAUCAAGUAUCUACUCCAACAAAAGUUUAAAUGGCCUACGGCGGAUGGAUCAGAGACUUUGUCUGUGGAGGAGUCAGCUCAUGUCGCUAUAUUAAACACCGAUGUCAUUUAUGCAGCUUCCAUUAAUGACCUUCAUAACCCUCCUUCUCUAGGAAAGACCAUGGAUCUACUAGACAUUGAGAAUUGGAAUUUGCAUAACGCAGGAAAUGACGCUCACUAUACAUUGCUUCUCUUGAUGAAACUUGUGAAUAAGAAAUAA